CUCCUAACUUUAGUUUAGUAUGGUGUUGUGACGAAAAGUGUGUUUUCUUCUUUUUUCCUGCCCAAAAAUCUCGCGAAAUUCGCGAAAAACAAUGAAAAAUCGCCACGAAAACGGUUUCUCAUGAUUCGCGGAAUCUUUCUCAAGUCAGUGUAUGUAGUGUUAGUGGGAAGAUCAAGGAAUUACUCAAAAAGUGCUGCAGAUAACCUCAAAGACCUCCUCCUGAAAAUGCCCCGAGACACCAAACACAUCCACGAGGCCCAGAAACACCGGAUACGCAUCCGGGAGAAGGGUUCCAAGUACAUCCCAGGAACCGUGAAUCUUCAGGUUCUGGGAACCGGGGCUCCAGGAAGUCCAGCCUGUGUCUACAUCUUCACAGAUCAAUCGAGGUAUCUGUUUAACUGUGGGGAGGGAACCCAGCGAUUGGCACAUGAACAUAAGACCAAAUUGGCUCGUUUGGAGCACAUCUUUAUGACUCAGACCACGUGGAGGCACAUUGGAGGCCUUCCUGGGCUUAGUUUGACAAUUCAGGAUGCUGGCGUCCCUCAAGUCACCCUCCAUGGUCCUCCGGGUCUUGAGGAAAUCUUCCAGGCUAUGAAGCGUUUCGUGGUGCUGAGAGAACUGAAGGUGAAUGCAAUUGAAUGUGAACCAGGAUAUUUCUACGAGGACAAUGUCAUGAGAGUUGACUAUGUGCCCAUUGUGCCCAAGAAUCAGCCACAAGCCACAGCGAAUGGAGAUUGGGGAGAACCCAUGAGUGUAGAUGACACAGAUUACUAUUCUCAUGAGAGAGGAUCUGGUCAGAGUACCAGAAAAUCAUCUCCGGGUACCGACAGCCAAAGAAUCCGCCAGAAACCCAUUGAGAAGUACGUUGUAGCGUACAUCUGCAAACUCAAGCCACGUCCUGGAGUUCUGUGCUUGGAGAAAUGCGUGGACCGGGGAGUUCCUCCUGGACCAUUGCUGGGGCAACUUAAGAAUGGCAUUGAUGUCACUCUGCCCAAUGGGACCGUCGUGAAAGCCAACGAUGUUCGGGGCCCUGACGACAAAGGGCCCCUUUUUAUUUUCAUUGAUAUUCCGGAUGAGGAAUAUCUGCAGGAGCUGCAGGAAAAGAGACAACUCUUCGAGAAAUAUCAAGCCACUGCAAAUGAUGAAGAGAACAUUGCGGCAGUUGUUGUUCACUUUACGCCCGUAGAGGUCGCUGAGAAAGCAGAGUACAGGGAAUUUAUGGAGAAAUUCUCUCCCAGCACUAAACACAUCAUCCUCAACGAGAAGAACAAUUCUUCUGGGAAUAUCUCCGUGCACAGGAUUCAAUGGCAAUUGAAUCAGCUCAAUGAUCUGGUCUUUCCGAUUCUCUCAGAGACAAAUGCCACUGAAAAUUCGGUUCCCUCGAUGGCAAAUUACGGUUUAAGGCCACGAAAAGGUUACGAUACGAAUUUAGAGCCCAAAAUUGUCCAGGAAGAAUACAUAGAAGAGAUUCUGAAAGUGCCUGGAUUCAGUGAGGCAUUGACUGUGCUGAAAAAUCAACAGAGAGAUUAUUUGGUAAAAGCCAGGGAGACGAGGGAGAGUCAAUUCCCGAAAUUCCUAUUUUUGGGCACAGGAUCUUGCAUUCCCAACAAGACUCGCAAUGUCAGCGCAAUUCUAAUGCAGACGACUCAAGAGGGAUCAAUUCUGUUGGACUGUGGGGAGGGGACUUUGGGGCAAUUGCUGCGAUUCUAUGGAAAUGAAAAAGGACGGGAGGUCUUGAGAAAGCUGAAAGCAAUAUACAUUUCUCAUCUCCAUGCUGAUCACCAUAUCGGCUUGAUUGGGAUCCUCAGGGCGAGGCGGAAGUGUUUUGAGGAAUUCAGGGAAGAAGAUAAAAUACUUCUCCUAGCUCCACAGCAGAUCUCAUCUUGGUUGAGCUUCUACAACCAACAAAUAGACGCGAUAUCACAAGACUUUGUCCUCGUUCCUAACGCAGAAAUGAUUCCCAAUCAUUUGGAACAUGAAAAACUGAGUGAAAUGGGAAUUCAUGGAGUAGCAACUUGCUUUGUUCCUCACUGUCCACAUUCCUUCGGAGUGGCUGUGAAUCUGACCAAUGGGACAAAGGUAACUUAUAGCGGUGAUACAAAGCCUUCAAAGGAUCUAGUUGGGAUUGGACUGAACAGCACGGUUCUCAUUCAUGAAGCUACAAUGGAAGAUGAAUUGGAGCACGAAGCUCUGGCCAAGAUGCACAGCACAGUGUCUCAGGCAAUUGAUCAGGGAAAGGCAAUGAAUGCCCAAUAUACAAUUCUCACGCAUUUCAGCCAGAGAUAUGCCAAAUUGCCGAGAAUUGAGAUGCCGUUGGAGGAGAAUGUGGGCAUUGCCUUUGACAAUAUGGAAGUGACAGUGGAAGAUAUGAAGUAUCUGGCCAAGAUGCACGAGCCCCUCAAGCUAAUGUUUUCUGAGCAUUGUGAGGAAAUGGAACAGAAAGCCCUCAAGAGGGCAUAUAAGAAGCAAAGACUUACCAAUUCACGCAGCUCCAGUCCUGUCCAGAAGAUCUAAACUCUGGGCAGUAGCGACAGCAGGAAGAUCCACACGGAGAGGACGUUGUUUUCGUAUGGAUGAAUGUGGACAGCCAGAGCAAAUUCCACGCGAUUAUCCAUGUUCAUGUGCAUCCCCGUACUCUUGACGCGUUCAACAAUGUGAGAGAGGCUGUAGUAAGGGAUGUUCAACGGGAAGCCCGAAGCCUGAAAGAAAAUCGGGCGCUAGAAUAUGUAAUAUUGUUGAAGAAUAAAUAUCGAGCACUUUGUGAAAUUUA